AUGGCAGCAGCACAAGAAGCGGGUGGCACAGCCAACAACAAGAUCCUUAUCACGGGGGCCUCAGGCCAAUACGGCCGGCUCGCCGUCGAGGGCCUGCUCGCGCGCGGCAUCCCGCCCUCGUCGCUCCUCCUCCUCACGCGCAACCCGGGCAAGCUGUCGGCCUACGCGGAGCGGGGUCUCUCCAUCCGGCAGGGCAGCUUCGACGACGCCGUCGAGACCCUGGCGGCCGCCUUUGCGGGCGCGUCGACGAUGCUCCUGAUCAGCACGUCGCGGGCGGGCGCGCGCCUGCCGCAGCACCGCACCGCCAUCGAGGCGGCCGCCCGCGCCGGCGUCACCCACAUCGUCUACACGUCCAUCGUGUCCGCGGAGCGGGCCGCGCCAACGGCGCUGGUGGGGCAGGAGCACCGCGCCACGGAGGCGAUGCUGAGGGAGGUGGCGGCGGCGGCGACGACUGGUGGUAGCAUGAAGUGGACGGCGCUGCGCGACGCCCAGUACGCCGACGCCAUGGCCGACGUGGCGGCGCCCGCGGCCAUCGAGGCGGGCGCGCUCCGCUCCAACGCCGGCGACGGCCUCGUCGCCUUCGUCGCCCGCUCCGACUGCGUCGCCGCCGCCGUCGCCGUCCUGUGCGACCCGGCCCCGCACGCCGACCGCGCCUACGCCAUCACCGGCCCGGAGCUGCUGAGCUGGCGCCACGCCGCCGCGCUGAUGGGCGAGGUCUCGGGCAAGGGCCCCGCGGGCGUCGCGUUCGAGGCCCUGUCCGACGACGACAUGUUUGCCGACUUCGACGCCAUGGGCAUCCCGCGCGAGCCGGUCGACGACCUGGUCGUCAACGGCUUCCCGUGGAACAGCACCGACAUGGUGAGCUUCGGCAAGGCGACCCGGCUGGGCGAGAUGGCCGUCAUCAGCGGCGACGUCGAGAUGCUGACGGGGAGGCCGCCGAAGCGCUUCAGGGAGGUGAUGGAGGAGAGCUGGGCGAGGAGGAAGGCGGCUGCUGCGGGGCGGGUUUGA